AUGACGGAUAUCCAUCUUGAUCAGACACGGCAAAAGAUACCGCAACCAGUUAAACAAUUGACCUUUGAUGAAUUAAAAGCAUUUCCUUUACCAAAAGCAGUAGAAACAUUACCCACCUCGUAUUUACAAGAUUUCUCAGACAACAAACAACUACUACAAGGGUAUAUUAGACAACUUGAGGCUUACUCAACUAAACAACAGGAAGUUGUCAGGACUUUGCAACAAGCGGAUGAUAUUUUAGAGAAUGUGGUAUACAGUCAAUUGAUCAAGGAUUAUGAAAAAGUGAUUGACAAGAUCAAUCAGCAGAUCAAGAGUAUAAAUAUAAUCUAUCAAGAGUUUAUCAAUCUUGAAACGUAUCAAUACCAGUUAUUGUCGUCCAAUUUCAAUCAGGAUAACUUGAAAGCAAAGUUUAAAAAACUCAUUGAAGAGAACAACCAAGAAAGUUUAGACAUUGUCAAAAAUUUUAAUGACAGAUCGCACGGCAGCGAAAUAUCCGAUGAAAGUUUUGGUACUAUGAUUGAAAAUUUUAAGAACAGCCGGAAGUUGUAUCAUUUUAGAAAGGAGAAAUUGAAUCGUUGGGAAGAAGAAAGAGUCAGUGGGUUUUUAUAA